AUGGCCACUCCAGCUCCCUCGCUCGCUCCUGCGCCCGGUCCAGCUCCGUUGGCACCCGCAUUGGCCGCCAAGCCAGCCAUCUCACCGUCUCCCGGUCCGGGCACACCCGGCUCCGUCACCUCCAAGGAAUGGGUGAUCCCCCCUCGUCCCAAACCCGGCCGCAAGCCCGCCACAGACACGCCCCCUACCAAACGCAAAGCGCAGAAUCGAGCUGCCCAGAGAGCUUUCCGGGAGCGUCGAGCGGCCCGCGUUAACGAACUCGAGGACCAGAUCAAGAAAAUCGAAGACGACCAUGAGAUCCACGUCGUGCAACUCAAGGAGCAGAUCUCGAACCUUUCUCAUGAGGUCGAUCAAUGUCGGAGCGAAAUGGCCUGGUGGCGUGACCGGUGCCACGCUUUGGAAAAAGAGGUCUCCGUCGAGCGCAGCGCUAAGGAAAGCCUUGUGAAGGAGUUCCGGUCCUCGUUGUCGGACAAGAAUGCCUCUCGCUCAGACAAGGCACCCUUGACACGCAUACCCAGAGACUCAGCCGCCGCUCAAGUGGCAGUGGAAAAUAACAUACACGAGGAGCGGGAGGAGGUGCCCCUGGGCUGUAGCAACUGCUCGAACGUGCACUGUCAGUGCAUUGAAGAUGCAUUCAGUGGCAUGCCCGGCAUCGAGCGGACGUCAACUCAGUCAAAGCGUACUGAUAACUCGAGCCAGUCUCGUGCCGAACCCGAAAUCAAGCCUGAGCCAGAGGAGAUGGAGAUCGAUUUCACAACGCGAUUCGCGGCCCCCCAUCACGUCCAGGAUGACACUGUCACUAAUGUCUCCUCGCCCGCCGUCGACCCUUGUGGGUUCUGCCAGGAUGGCACGCCAUGCAUUUGUGCCGAAAUGGCCGCCCAGGAAGAGGAGCGCCGCCGGCGGAACUCGUUUGAAAACAAUCGUCUGGCACCCAUCCAGAACCUGUCGCAGUUUACGCCGCCCCCUUCCGACGGCGACGUGCGGUCCGAGGUGACCCUCCCGCCAAUUAGCCAAGCGACAAAUCCUUGCGCCAAUGGCCCAGGUACUUGUGCCCAAUGUCUCGCCGAUCCCAGGCGGACCCUUUUUUGCAAGACGCUGGCGGCCUCCCGCCCCGCCAGCGCUGCUCCCUCCGGAUGUUGCGGCGGUAAAGGCGCCGAUGGUGGAUGCUGCAUGUCGCGCAACUCCAACCCUCAACGCAGCGGGUCAACUCAACAACAACCACAGACUUCCAGCUCGCGCCGCUCGGCUACUCCGUCCCUAACUCUCUCCUGUGCCGAUGCCUUCACCACCCUCUCCCGCCAUCCGAACUUCUCUCGAGCCAGCGAUGAUAUUUCCUCGUGGCUUCCCAAACUUCACACUCUGCCCAAUCCCAGUCAGAGCCAAAAGGAGGUUAUGCAACCAGGCUCCCGAGCCGCAUUGGAAGUCGAAGCCGCCAGUGUCAUGGGUGUGCUACGCUACUUUGAUCGGAGAUUCGCCGACAAAUGA